CGGUCUUACUGGUCAGUCGCUGAAGCCAAGCAAAAACCCAAAAUCAGACAUCAAAUUUGGAGUAAUUUACACGUGCACACAAUCUCUGCAGAUAAAUUGCAUACCAAAGUAGAAAUUUAACAGAAAUCAGAAGCAGAUACAUCACUAUUGGGAGCUGAUUCACAAUGUCGUGGAUACGAUCGGCGGUCAACAAGGCGGUGGAGGUGGGGAACAACACCAACCUCACUCGCACCGUCAAAAAUUACGCCGAUUCCGUCGUCCAGCAAGCCGGCCAAGCUGUCGCCGAGGGCGCCAAGCUCCUCCAAGACCGCAUUGGUGGUGGGAAUGUUAAAAGCUUUAAGCAGACUGCGAAAAGGUUAGAGGAGGCUUCUGUUGCAUGCAGGGGGCGUGAGAGAGCUGAGUUGAUGAGAAGAUGGUUGGCUGUUUUAAAAGAAAUUGAAAACUCUUCCACUCUCACAAUUGAAGAAAAAGAAACGAACAAUGAGCAUCAUCUGCUUAAUGAAGAGCCAAAGAGCCCCAAAAGACAGUCAAUGGUGUUAUAUUAUGAUUCAGACAUGGGUGGCGAACCUUUGAACUUCCGUGAUGUAUUUCUUUACAGUCAGGCAUUGGAGGGAAUAUCGAUAUGCAUGAUUCUUGAACCUCCAAGUGAAGAUGAAGUUUCUUUACUGCUUGAAUUAUUCGGACUCUGUCUCACAGGUGGAAAAGCAGUUCAUAAUGCAAUAGUUAGUAGCAUUCAGGAUCUCGCAAGAGUCUUUUCCGGCUACCAAGAUGAAGUACUGGUGAAGAGAGAAGAGUUGCUUCAAUUUGCUGAAGGAGCCAUAACAGGGUUGAAAAUCAAUGCUGAUGUUCAAAGGAUUGAUGCUGAAGUCUCCACAUUGAAGAAAACACUUGAAUCAAGAGCAUCUUAUGACCAUGAUGGUGACAGCCUUGAAACAAACAGUAAGCAGAACGCUUCAUCAACAAUAGAGGCUCUUAAAGAGGCACUUGCGCACAUCAGAGCGUGCUCCAGAUUGGAAGCGCUUCUACUGAAAAAGAAAGCUAUUAAAUGUGGAGACACAGCUGAAAUUCAUUCUCAGAAGGUUGAUAAGUUGAAGGUAUUAUUGGAAUCUCUAGCAAGCUCAUCUUCAAAAGCUGAGAAGCGCAUUUCUGACUAUAGACUUCAGAAAGAAGAUGCUUUGCAGUUUCGAGUGGGCAAAGUCAAUGAAGUUAGUGAAAUUGAAAAGGAACUAAAAGCUGAGAUAUCUGUUCUUGAGAAACAGAGGGAUGAACUUGAAGCUCAAUUGAAAAAGGUCAAUACUUCCUUGUCUGCUGUGCUAGCUCGUCUUCACAAUGUCACGGAAGAGAGGGAUCAAUUUUUUGAUGCUAAUGAUCAAAUUGUCGCCCAUGUGAAAACUAAGGAGGAUGAACUAGCAAAAUCCAUUGUGUCUUGUCGAACAGAAUCAGAUAUUCUUAGUACGUGGAUUAACUUUUUGGAAGAUACCUGGUCUCUUCAGUGUUCAUAUGUGGAGGCUAAGGAGAAAGAAACCAAUGCUGAGAUCGAGAGGCACGAAGAAUACUUCACAGAUUUGGUUAAGAAGCUGCUUUCUUCUUAUGAGAAAGAGCUUAAACAGCCUAUUGGUCGCAUUGGAAAGUAUGUGGAGAACUUAAAGUGCCUGACUGAUGGCUCUGAACCGGCUCCUAGAUUGGAAACUGACGAUUCUCAAAUGGUUAGCCCAAAGAGAAAUCUCGAGGAAGAAUACCUGGAUUAUGAAGCUAAGAUAAUAACUACUUUCAGCGUGGUGGACAACAUGAGAGAGCGGUUUUAUGCCGAACAAGGAAAAGUUUCCAGCAAAGAGAAUAAGGAGGUCAAAGAGCUAUUUGACAAAAUUGAGAAGCUAAGAGAGCAAUUUGAAUCCAUCGAGCGACCUACUCUGGAUAUUGAGAAUCCCACUAAAGAGGCAGAUGAAUCGCCUAGGGAAAGCGUCACAAGCUCCUCUGCGGAGCAGGCAGAAAGAGAAGUCAGUGCUGGGAAGGUUGACGAGCAUCGGCCCUCACCUAAGUCGAAGCAGGUCGAGAUACUCGACCCUGAAGCAGAGUUAGCGAAACUUGAGUCUGAAUUUGGAAAAGUAGAUCCAGACUACGCUGCAGAGGACAUCGGGGAAUGGGAAUUCGAUGAGCUUGAGAGGGAGUUGAAAUCAGGCGAUUCAUCAAAAAAGUAGAACUCGUCUUUUAUCCUUGAAGUUACUUGUGUUAUUUCAUGGUUCCAAAUUUGUUGAUUUCUUCAUAGACAUGUAUAAAAUCCAGCUGAUGAAGCUGACAUUUUUAAUGUAUGUACUUAUAUGAAUUGAAACUAGAGAUGUGACUGUUAGCUUUAA